UAGCCAUAUUAUAAAAUCUUACCCUCUGUCUGCAAUACAAAAGUCACCAUUUAUAAUACCAGAUUUUCUGGUUACAACUUCCUCAGGUUAUUGUGGAUAUAUGGAUGUUAAACAGUGUAAUUUACAGAAAAUAAUUAAAGUUCAUUCCGAUUUAAAAUACGUAAUUAAAUGCCAUCCAGAAUUUCCUUGGUUAUGCAUUACACGAACUGAUGGACUAUUACGCUUAUGGAACUAUGAAACUAAAGAAGUUGAUAUUGAGAGCCUGUUUGAGCUUCCUGAAACAAUUUCCUGCAUGGAAUUCGAUCCAAUUGGUGUUUAUCUAGCUGUAGGAUUUACAGGGGGAUAUAUCACUGUAUUAGAUAUACCUUGUUUACUAUUUACAAAACCCACUAAACUAUCACUCAGCCUUGAAAAAAGGACAAUUACUAAGUUAAAGUUUUCUGAUGAUGCUCAGUACUUGGCUGCUGCGGAUGCAAACUACUCUGUACUAGCGUACAGAUUCCAAUUCAAGCGAAAUCCUAAGAAAGACGUACAUAGAUCCGAGAUUAAAUGGGAAUUACUUGGAGUUCAACGUUGUCACACACUUCCAAUUGUCACUAUACUCUUCAGACACGCUUCACAUCUAGAAUAUCCACGUUUAUUAUCCCUAGGAGAAGAUAAGAAAUUGUUUGAAUACGAAUUUAUAAAAGGUAGAAAGAUACAAAUGUUACAUUCGUACCAAAUCGAACAAAUUGCUGUUCCACUCGACAUGGUUUGGGAUCCAUACAUGAGUCAACAUCUGAUAAUUGCUAAUAAUGACUAUAAAUUAAAGUUUUACGACGUGGAAGAACAUUUAUGCAGAAGGACCGUCUUGGCCCCUCUCCAGAAAUCCGGGAUGAAGAUGAAAAUAAUUUAUAAUCUGGAAGAAUGUGAAAAUGGAAUUUCUGAAGAACCUCAUCUUUUAUGCUGUUCCAAUGAAUACGUAUGUCUGAGUGUACUACCAGUUGAUGGAAAUCCUUACAAGCAUAUAUCCGUAUUAGCACAUCCUGAUGGGAUUGUCGAUUUUGACUGCAGUUUUGAUGGAAAAUAUGUGUUUACAAUUGGAGACAACGGUACAAGUAUUUUUAUGUGGCAUUUAAAUUACGGAUUAAUACAUCGUUUGACGAAACUAGAACAAAGUAUGACUCCUUUCUAUGAUAUGUUUCCAGGAGGUAUAACAGGAUCAUUGCUGAAGGAAUUUAAAGAUUUAUUCGUUUAUUUACUGAUAAGAAAUCAAAGCAAAGAUCAAACAGAAAACCUGGAAUUAUCCUAUAAAAUUCCUAUAAGCGACGUUCCUGAUCUUCUAAGAGGUAUUGGGUAUUUUCCUGCAGAAUAUGAGGUAUGGAAGCAAGCUAUAUCAAUAGUUAUUCAUUUAGAUAAAUACAGGAUAAGUUGUACUAAUUGUAGAACUUAUCCUGAUUUUUCACGUUCUCUGGGUUUAUUCAAUCAAACUAUUUAUCUAAAAUCACCAGAUAUUGCUCUGACAGCAACUUCUAUGGGAUAUAUAAUUACUUGGGAUAAUCAAUAUGCAAAAGAUAAUAAUGUAUUAAUCACACCACCUGAUGAAAGAAGAGCUUUGAGAUUCAAUCAAUAUGAUAUAAAUGAGAAUUUGGAUAGGUGA